AUGGGCCAAGGAGUAUUCCAGGAAGCACCUGUGCGGGAUAAGCACAAGGGAAAGGCCGUAGCAAGCCAUAGCUCCCCAGAGCGGAUCGUCACCCCAUUCUCUCAACGGGUAUUAGAUGGCCCAUUGCUAAAGCAUUAUCAAAAUCUGAAUAUAGGGGAUUAUUCGGGGACAACCGACUCAGAAGAUCAUCUUCUCAAGUUUGAGAACGCUGCUCUCCUUCAACAAUUUACUGAUGGCGUUAAAUGUCGGAUGUUCCUCACUACAUUUGGCGGAGCAGCCCAAAGAUUGUUCAAACGGUUGCCAGAUAACUCUAUUCGUCGCUUCAAGGACUUCCGCAAGAUGACUACUCUUGUUGCACUCGGGUGGGCAUUUGGGCUUGCCCAGCCGGGAGUUGUAAGCUCAAUGAAACCUUGCUCUAGAGAUCCGUUGUGGGGAGAAGAGUUCAAUUUCUUUGUUGACAAGCUCCCUAUUCAGAUCAGUAUAGCAAUUCAUGAUUGGGAUAUUGUAUGGCAAUCCACAAUCCUUGGUUCAUUGGUUAUUCCAAUUGAGAGAGAAGGUCAAAUUGGAGCAAACUGGUUCACUUUAGAUAGCAAAACAUCUAGUGUCUGUCUGCACAUCAGUUCAUUUAAGCUUCCUUCAGUUUUCUGUAGGACUUUUAGUAAUUUCAUCAUAGCAGAUGCCCGCAGAAGGAAAUCUUCAGAAAUUUGCUGUAAACCUGGUCCUCUACAAACCAUAUUUAACCUUCCUCUGGAUGAGGUUCUUUCUCAUAGUUUUUCAUGUGCUCUGGAAAGGUCAUUUUUGUACCAUGGGCGCAUGUAUGUCUCUACCUGGAACAUUUGUUUCCAUUCUAAUGUUUUUUCCAAGCAGAUGAAGGUGGUUAUUCCCUUUGGUGAUAUCUAUGAGAUGCAAACGAGCCAGCAUGCUUGUAUAAAUCCUGCAAUCACAAUAAUUCUUCAGAAUGGUUCUGGUGGACAUGGUGUACCGCCAUUAAUAGGUCCAAGUGGUAGAGUCAGAUAUAAAUUUGCAUCAUUUUGGAAUAGAAAUCAUUCAUUCAGAGCUCUGCAUCAUACACUAAAAAUUUACCGAGCAUGGGUGGAAGCUGAAAAGAAGGAUAAAGUGAAAUCUGCACAGGGUGUACGCAGCAAUUCUAUCCCAAUUGACAAAAAGUGUACAAGCAAAGUUCAUCGAAGUAUUGCCAAGGCUAAUGAGUCACAAGCUUUUGUCAAUGAAAAGAUUCUAGUUUGCUCUAUAAAAGAUAAUUUCCCCUGCACUGCAGAACACUACUUUACUUUGUUGUUAAGUGAUGAUUCAAAGUUUUUCAAAGAGUUUCUGUUGGCAAGAAAUGAUGCCGAUAUAUGUUUGGGCUAUUGGCACACUUCAGAUGAAUAUGAGGGGAUAGUCCGUGAAGUAACUUUUAGGUCACUAUGCCACAGUCCAUUAUGCCCACCAGAUACUGCUGUCACCGAGCGGCAACGUGCAUUUCAGUCAUAUGAUAAUACAAGCUUGGUUUUUGAGACUGUACAGAAAGCUCAUGAUGUUCCAUUUGGAUCUUACUUUGAGAUCCACAGUAGAUGGAUAUUGAACACAAACAUUGGGAAUUCCUGUUCCAUCGAUGUUAACAUUGGCAUAAAUUUUAGCAGAUGGUGCAUUUUGCAGUCGAGAAUAAGGUCUGGAGCUACUAAUCAGCAAAAGAAAGAGGUUGAACGAUUCUUGGAGAGUGCCCGUGCGUUUCUCCUUGUCUCCAAGUAUUCAAUCAAGGGGAUGGAUGAGGAAUCCAAACAUCCUUCCUCAGCUGUGGUAGGAUGACUCGAUGGUUUAUUGCUCCAUCUCAAUAUUUUAGUUUGGUAACUUCAUGUUCCUUAUUAAGCCUUACAGCCUUGGAUGCCAUUGCUAGUUGGUAAUUGUCAAGUUCUAAUUUAUUGUAGCCUCACAAGGCGCUCACAUAAGAUUUUUAAUUUCAACUACAAAUCCACAACUGCAAUAAUAACUUUGCUAUA